AUGAGUUCUGACGCUCAACCACGCUCACUUUCCGAUGCACUAUCUAGUCUACCUGCUGUAUAUGGUGGAGAUCUUAGAUCACUUAUCAGAACCAAGAUCAACAAUACUGGUGACUCAAUCCCGCUCUUGGUCGUCCUUGACGAUGAUCCAACAGGUACACAGACAUGUCACGAUAUCAAUGUGCUCACGCAGUGGGACGUGUCUCUACUGAGCUCAACAUUCACCUCUGAUUUGACAACCAAAACUCGCGGUUUCUUCAUCUUGACCAAUUCCCGCGCGCUUCAUCCUCCAGAAGCAAAAUCUCUCAUCGCGGAGAUAUGUAACAAUCUUCUUGCUGCGUCAAAAGCCACUGGCACAGACUUUGAGGUUGUCCUUCGUUCCGAUUCAACCUUGAGAGGACAUUUUCCGCUAGAGGCAGAAGUCUCAGAGUCUGCCCUGGAUCGCAAGGCAGACUGCUGGAUCUUGGCUCCGUUCUUCUUGCAAGGAGGUCGAUAUACCAUUGACGAUGUUCACUAUGUCGCGGAGGGUGAUAAGCUAGUACCAGCGGGACAGACUCCAUUCGCGCAGGACGCGAGCUUCGGCUAUAAGAGUUCAAAUUUACGUGAUUGGGUUGUGGAGAAAUCUCGGGGUUCUAUCAAUGCAAACAACGUCAAAGCUUUGUCGCUCACAGAUAUUCGAUCUGGAGGGCCCGAUGAAAUCUGUAAACAGUUGCUGUCCUUCUCAAAGGGCUCCGUGGUUGUUGUUAACGCUGCAGCGGAGGAGGACAUGGAUGUGGUCGUACUCGGUAUUUUGGAAGCAGCAAGCCGAGGACGGAGGUUUCUCUACAGAUCUGGAGCGGCUCUUGUGUCAGCACGAUUAGGCAUCAAGCCGAUACCACCCAAGUCAGCUGAUGCACUACAUCUUGACAAGAAUGUUGGUGGACUGAUUAUCGCCGGAUCAUAUGUGCCAAAAACAACCGCACAACUGAAAGCAUUACGUGAGAAAGCUGGAGAUAAAUUGACCACGAUCGAGCUCCAGGUCGACGAAUUGCUCGAGUCAGAAACUUCUGCCAACAGUGCCGUCUCCCAAGCUAUCCAUCAAGCUGAAGGUGAAAUUCAAAAGGGUCAAGAUGUCCUUGUGAUGACCUCUCGAAAAUUGAUUACUGGCAAGGAUGAACGUGAGAGUCUCAAUAUUGGUGGAGUGAUUGCUCGAAACUUAGUCCGGUUUUUGCAAGAACUGAAGACAAGGCCACGAUAUGUGAUUGCAAAAGGUGGGAUAACAUCGAGCGACAUGGCCACAAAAGGUCUUAAGAUGAGGCGCGCUACUGUUAUAGGUCAAGCUGCUCCUGGUGUACCUCUAUGGGAAUGCUUCGAGGACACAAGCAAAUGGGCUGGUAUACCUUACAUCGUGUUUCCAGGCAAUGUUGGUUCGGAGGAUACUCUCUUCGAAGUUGUACGAGGCUGGCAGGCUUGA